AUCUCACCGAUUGACGGCCAAGCGCUAGGGAACUUUGCGGCAUAUCAAUCUCCACCUUUGCUCUCUCCAUCUCCGCCUCUCGCCGAUAUCGUGAUCGCGAACGUGAAGCUGAAGUUCUUGCUUUUGCUCAUGACCACUUGAUCUUUUCUCAUUCUCGUAGGGCCCUUUGAAAUUGACGCAAACGGGCUACCUUAUACCCUCAGCAUUCCUUGCCCAGCUAUACCGACAAGAUCAGACACACCUAAUGCUUCACUUCUUUUCAUCCUAACCAGGAGUUAAUCAGAAUCGUGCUCUCUGCAUUGACUCGAUACCACGCUCAAAUACGCUCACGAUCACUCAAUGUCUUCAGAAACAGUAGAUGUGGUGAUCGACUCUCUUGUCGCCGCCGGCGUCAGGCACAUCUUUGGUGUUCCGGGUGCCAAGAUCGAUAGCGUCUUCAAUGCCCUGAUUGACCGCCCGAGAUCCAGCUGGUUGUUUGCCGCCACGAGCAGAAUGCCGCCUUCAUCGCCGGAGCGAUCGGCCGUAUCACAGGCCGACCCGGCGUGUGCAUCGCUACCUCCGGCCCGGGAACUAGCAACCUUGGUGCACGUUGUUGCCAUUGUCGGCGACGUCAAGCGAGUGCAAGCAGCCAAGAAGACACAUCAGAGCUUGAGAGUGCAGCUUCUCGAGCCCGUCACCAAGAAGACCACCGGCGCCAACCGCGACCGCAUGCCGCAGGGUGCAACAGCUAUCAGCCUACCGAUAGAUAUCAUGACAGUCGGAACCAAGACGUCAAUCCCUGCGCUGCCCCCGAGCGCCUUCACACCGCCCCAAUAUGGCACAUCACCGUCAGCGUCACUGAGCAGAGCGGCGGCUAUGAUCCAAAACGCAAAAUUCCCAGUUCUGUUCCUCGGAUCGAGGGCAGCAACACCAGAUGCCGUCGAAGCUGUCCACGGUUUCCUCCGCAAGCACCCCAUCCCCGUCGUCGAAACAUUCCAGGCUGCAGGCUCUAUCAGCCAGGAGCUCGCUCAUCUCUUCUACGGCCGCAUCGGCCUCUUCCGCAACCAACCCGGCGACAAGCUUCUUUCCCAGGCCGAUCUCGUCAUCGUCGCGGGCUACGAUCAGUCCGAGUAUGACGCCGACGCGUGGCACAAGAGCCAGAGCCUCGAGAUCUUGCAUCUGGACUGGAUCCCCGCCGACUACGGCGCUUUCUACAACCCAAAGCUGGAACUCGUAGGCGCCAUCGCCGCCAACGUCAAGGCGCUAGGCGACAUUCUGGCAAACGUCUCCCGCCCACAGGAGUCCGAGAUAGCGAAGUCCAUCUUCACAGAGUUCCACGCUUGGGAACAGAGCCCCCAAGCUCUGGGCCAGACUGGCGACGGUCCUGUGCACCCGCUCUACUUUAUCAAGCUCAUUCAGGGUCUAUUGCCCGCGUCGACGACUUAUCAAGCUCAUUCAGGGUCUAUUGCCCGCGUCGACGACUUUGGCAUCGGACGUCGGCAGCAUGUACAUCUGGCUCUCGCGGUUCUACUUCGCAUACAGCCCCAAGUCUUUCCUCGUCUCCAACGUUCAGCAAACUCUCGGCGUGGCUCUCCCAUGGGCCAUCGGCGCCUUUCUAGCCCAGGAGCCGCCUUGCUCCAAGAAGGUCGUAAGCAUCAGUGGCGACGGCGGCUUCCUCUUCAGCGGGCAGGAGCUAGUGACUGCCGUGAAGCAGGGUACAUCACGCACUUCAUCUGGAACGAUGGAAAGUAUAACAUGGUGGAGUUUCAGGAAGUCGACAAGUACGGCCGCAGUUCAGGCGUCGACUUGGGCGGGGUCGACUUUGUCAAGUAUGCCGAGGCGUUUGGUGCCAAGGGAUUGCGCGUCAAUCGAUCGUCGGAACUGGAAGCCGUCAUGAAGGAGGCUUUGAGUUAUCAGGGAGUCUGCAUUGUCGACGUUGAGAUUGACUACUCCCACAACCACGAGCUUAUGAAGAAUGUCAUCCAGGACAAUAUUAGUUAG